AUGCAAGAGAAUAUAAGAGAAAAUGGCAAGAAAAAACAACAAACCCAGAAGGAGUUAGAGCAAAACACAACAGUUUUUGUUGAUGAACAUAUGGAUGAGGAAAUAGGCUCUUCAUCACUUCCCAAGUCACAAGCCUCUGAUGCAUAUCAUGAAGGACUUCAUAAAGGGAAGAGAAAGAAAGAUGACAUAGAUAACUUUUUUGCACCAAGAACUAAACCUGGUUCUCAACCAUCAUUGAAAAGUAAGGCUGUUGAUGCUAUAGCUGCAAUUGGCCUUGGUUAUAAGUUGCCAUCCUAUCAUAAGUUGAGAGUUAAUCUUCUGCAAGAUUAUAAAGAGGAAUGUAAAUUGUUGAUAGAUUCAUAUAGAAGAUCUUGGAAAGAAAUUGGUUGCACACUCAUGGCAGAUGGUUGGACAGAUAACAGGAAUAGAACUUUAAUUAAUUUUCUUGUUUACUGUCCAAGGGGCGUUGCAUUCUUGAAAUCUGUAGAUGCUUCUCAUAUUACUAAGAAUGUCAAAACAUUAUGUUCAUUAUUUUGCAAAGUUGUUGAAUGGGUGGGGCUAGAAAAUAUUGUACAACUUGUAACAGAUAAUGCUGCAAAUUAUAAAAAGGAAGGGGAAUUACUGCAUGAAUGGUUUGGUAACAUUUGUUGGUCUCCAUGUUCUGCUCACUAUUUAAAUCUUAUUCUUAGAGAUUUUGGGAACAUUACUCAUAUUCAAGAUCUUGCGAAAAGAGCUUCAAAAGUUACAGUUUUUAUCUACAAUUAUGUCUUUAUUCUAGCUUGGCUAAGAAAAAGAGAAGGCUGGAAAGAAAUUAUAAGGCAUGGAGCUACUAGAUUUGCUACAUUUUUCAUAACUUUGAAAAACUUAUAUGAACACAAGCUUGAUUUGCAGGCUUUCAUAACAAGCAAAGCUUUCUUUGAUUCAAAGCUCUCCAAAACAGUAAAAGGGCAAGAAGUCUCAUCCAUCAUUUUGAUACAAAAUUUUGGAAUGAUUGCUUGGUAA